GGACACUUCCUCCUGGGCCGCGGCAGCGGAGUUAAACUUUGGCGAAGGAAAAAGAGCCACCGGCUCCCGGCGACCCUCCCUGGCCCCACCUCCACCGCGGCUGGUAACGCCCCCUUCUCCGUGGGUCCCCGACCGGACUUUUUUCCAGCUUCCGAGAUCCGAGGAAUUCCCUCCUGAGCACCAGGCCCUCGGGAUCCCUCUGCCCAUCCCCGGGCCCGUCGGAUCCCUGGGAUCCACUCGAUCCCCGGUUCAGAGACUCCCGCCCUCCACCCCCAAGGAUCCCGCCAUCGUCGAGUCCCCUCAACCUGCCAGAUUCCUCUCCUCGGCCCCCGAGAUCCGCGCUCCCACUCCCCGCGCACGAGUUCUCCCUGGGAGACAGCGUGUUCCCCGGGCCCUCCAGCCGGAUCCCAGGCGGGCGCCGGGCGGCCGCUCCCGGGCCUCCCCAUGGCUGCCGCCCCCUCCCAUCCCGCCGGGCUCCCGGGCUCUCCGGGGCCGGGGUCUCCGCCGCCCCCCGGCGGCUUGGACCUGCAGUCGCCGCCACCCCUGCUGUCCCAGGUUUCGGUCCCGGCCCCAGGCCCCGGGGUCUCCUUCCACAUCCAGAUCGGGCUGACCCGCGAGUUCGUGCUGCUGCCCGCCGCCUCGGAGUUGGCCCAUGUGAAGCAGCUGGCUUGCUCCAUCGUCGACCAGAAGUUCCCCGAGUGUGGCUUCUACGGCCUUUACGACAAGAUCCUGCUCUUCAAACAUGACCCCACGUCCGCUAACCUCCUGCAGCUGGUGCGCUCGGCCGGAGACAUCCAGGAAGGCGACCUGGUGGAGGUGGUGCUGUCGGCUUCGGCCACCUUCGAGGACUUCCAGAUCCGCCCGCACGCACUCACGGUGCACUCCUACCGAGCGCCCGCCUUCUGCGACCACUGCGGGGAGAUGCUCUUCGGGCUGGUGCGGCAGGGCCUCAAGUGUGAUGGCUGCGGACUGAACUACCACAAGCGCUGCGCCUUCAGCAUCCCCAACAACUGCAGCGGGGCCCGCAAGCGGCGCCUGUCAUCCACGUCUCUGGCCAGUGGCCAUUCGCUGCGCCUCAGUACCUCGGACUCCCUGCCCUGCACGGCGGAUGAGCUGAGCCGCAGCACCACUGAGCUCCUGCCUCGCCGCCCGCCCUCGUCCUCCUCCUCGUCCGCCUCCUCCUACACCGGCCGCCCCAUCGAGCUGGACAAGAUGCUGCUCUCCAAGGUCAAGGUGCCGCAUACCUUCCUCAUCCACAGCUACACGCGGCCCACUGUCUGCCAGGCUUGCAAGAAACUUCUCAAGGGCCUCUUCCGCCAGGGCCUGCAGUGCAAAGACUGCAAGUUUAACUGCCACAAACGCUGCGCCACCCGCGUCCCCAACGACUGCCUGGGAGAGGCGCUCAUCAAUGGAGAUGUGCCGAUGGAGGAGGCCACCGAUUUCAGCGAGGCUGACAAGAGCGCCCUCAUGGAUGAGUCCGACGACUCCGGGAUCAUCCCAGGCUCCCACUCGGAAAAUGCCCUCCACGCCAGUGAGGAGGAGGAGGCCGAGGGAGGCAAGGCCCAGAGCUCCCUAGGGUACAUCCCCCUAAUGAGGGUGGUGCAGUCAGUGCGACACACGACACGGAAAUCCAGCAGCACGCUGCACGAGGGCUGGGUGGUUCAUUACAGCAACAAGGACACGCUGAGGAAGCGGCACUAUUGGCGCCUGGACAGCAAGUGCAUCACACUCUUCCAGAACAACACGACCAACAGAUACUACAAGGAAAUCCCGCUGUCGGAGAUCCUCACCGUGGAGCCCGCCCAGAACUUCAGCCUCGUGCCACCAGGCACCAACCCACACUGCUUCGAGAUCGUCACUGCCAAUGCCACCUACUUCGUGGGCGAGACGCCGGGUGGAGCCCCAGGCGGGCCCAGUGGACAGGGGGCCGAGGCCGCCCGGGGCUGGGAAACGGCCAUCCGCCAGGCCCUGAUGCCUGUCAUCCUCCAGGAUGCGCCCAGCGCCCCAGGCCACGUGCCCCACAGACAAGCUUCUCUGAGCAUCUCCGUGUCCAACAGUCAGAUCCAAGAGAAUGUGGACAUCGCCACUGUCUACCAGAUCUUCCCGGACGAGGUACUGGGCUCGGGGCAAUUCGGAGUGGUCUAUGGCGGAAAGCACCGGAAGACCGGCCGGGACGUGGCGGUCAAGGUCAUCGACAAGCUGCGCUUCCCCACCAAGCAGGAGAGCCAGCUCCGGAACGAAGUGGCCAUUCUGCAGAGUCUGCGGCACCCGGGGAUCGUGAACCUGGAGUGCAUGUUCGAGACGCCCGAGAAGGUGUUCGUGGUGAUGGAGAAGCUGCAUGGGGACAUGCUGGAGAUGAUCCUCUCCAGCGAGAAGGGCCGGCUGCCCGAGCGCCUCACCAAGUUCCUCAUCACCCAGAUCCUGGUGGCUUUGAGACACCUGCACUUCAAGAACAUUGUCCACUGUGACUUGAAACCAGAAAACGUGUUGCUGGCAUCCGCCGACCCAUUUCCCCAGGUGAAGCUGUGCGACUUCGGCUUCGCGCGCAUCAUCGGCGAGAAGUCCUUCCGGCGCUCGGUGGUGGGCACGCCCGCCUACCUGGCGCCCGAGGUGCUGCUCAACCAGGGCUACAACCGCUCGCUGGACAUGUGGUCCGUGGGCGUGAUCAUGUACGUCAGCCUCAGCGGGACGUUCCCCUUCAACGAGGACGAGGACAUCAACGACCAGAUCCAGAACGCGGCCUUCAUGUACCCGGCGUGUCCCUGGAGCCACAUCUCCGCGGGAGCCAUAGACCUCAUCAACAACCUGCUGCAGGUGAAGAUGCGCAAGCGCUACAGUGUGGACAAGUCUCUCAGCCACCCCUGGUUACAGGAGUACCAGACCUGGCUGGACCUCCGAGAGCUGGAGGGGAAGAUGGGCGAGCGGUACAUCACUCACGAGAGCGACGACGCGCGCUGGGAACAGUUCGUGGCGGAGCACCCGCUGCCUGGGCCGGGGCUGCCCGCCGACAUGGAGCUCGGGGGAGCCCUGCCCCCUCAGGAUCACGAGAUGCAGGGGCUGGCCCAGCGCAUCAGCGUCCUCUGAGGCCCCGCGCCCGCGCCCUGCUGCCUCCGGACGCUGACCUCCCGCCCUCCCCUCGGGAAGCGGCCCUCCUCACCUUCCCGGCGAUGGACUGCUCUAGGGGAAGCGACUCCUGCCCCAGCUGGAUGGGACACGCCCCGGGGAGGAGCCUGGCGGGGAUGCGGGCGGGGGUGGGGGGUGGGGCGGGGGGAAGGGUUGUUUCCAAAGUUCAUUCCCCAACAAUUAAAACGGACUCAUCUCUGGCCCCCUGGCCG